GGGUGGUUAAAUUUGUUCCACGUUCUGCAGCCUUGGGCGUAGUGCCCGCGCAGCAUGCAGAGCCAGCUGCUUCCAGAGGAGGCCUACGACUUCCAAGAUCUUUUCCAAGUAGUGGAGCAGCAGCAGCAGGCCCUUCUCCGCUUGGCAGACGAACACCGCGCUCAAUGGGAGGGAUCACUGAGAUGGUCCUCAAGGAAUAGACAUCUUCCGCCACCAGGCGAGGAGCGCUUCACGAAGUUGAGUGCGCAAUGCAUCGCCGAACAGCCUCAGCAGCCGGCCACCUGGGAUCCCGUACCUUCCAACCCCUUCGACGACGAGACCUUCGCCUACGAUGUGGAUGACCAUAUCAAGGUGACUGUCAACAACGAAGUGGUCUUUCCCAAGGACAUCCAGGUGCUGGAGGAGAGUUCUGAGCUUGCUUCUGGGCCGGUCGAAGCAGGCAGCAGCCGGAUGGGGCGGCACUCGGUGAUGUCAGCCAACGUGAAACCAGUUGACUUUCAUUUGACCGAGCACCUUGGCGGACGAUUUGGCUGGGUUUGGGCGGAGGACGUGGCGUUCAUUGCAGGGUGCGGCUUUGGUCAAGAACAGAUGCAGGAGCGCAGCCUUGUCCAGAGAUCCCUGAAGCUGCAAAGGAAUUGCAUGAUGCUCAUGGUGGAGCUGGAACUUGAGGGCAGAGCAGUGGGCUCCAAACUGGGACUUUCUGAAGGCUUAGAUUUGACGGAGCUCCUACGAUGGUUCCACGUCGCCCGGCCAGAGCUAGAGCUCGACGUUGCCAACGCUUUUGAUGCAUGCCUGGUGGUGAUCGGAUGUGUGGUGGACAUCCUAGUGAUUGGCCCUGUGCUUGGCAAUGGCAACGCCGCCAUGAUGCGAGUGGUGCGUACAUUGAAAUCGCUGAGGGCUUUGCGACUGUUGCGCGCCUUUCGAUUUGUGCGGGGCUUGCGGCUUCUGGUGAAGGCAUGUCAGUGCUUCCUGCCCUCCUUAUGUUGGUCCAUGGUCCUGCUGGCCGUCUUCAUGUCAAUUGGGGCAUUGGUGCUCGGAAAUCUGCUUCUAGACUUCAGCGCCAAUGAACUGGAAAACUUCGAGGACCGGCAGUGGGUUUGGUCGCACUAUGGCACUGCUUAUCGUGCCUUGUACACGUUGCUCGGCGUCAUGUUUGCGCACCAGAGAGUGAGCCAUGUCUACUGCAUCUUCUUUGCGCCGCGGCUUGACUUCUUGAAGCCUGGUAGCUACAUCGAUCUGAAUCGUGAAGACAUGCAGUGGCACCUGAAACCGGUCCACCAUCGAGAGGCCGCGGGCCAUCAUUUCAGCAACCUGCUGCCCACCUUUGUGGCACACUUUGUGGCCAUGGGGCGUCGCAAGUCGCUCGCCGAGCGCGGAAUUGUGCUGUAUGUCACAGUCAUCAGCUUCGCAGUGAUUCGUGUAAUUUCUGCAGUGUUUCUCAAAGACACACUAGAUGCGGCGCAGAAUGACGCAGAGAAUUUGGUUGUGGAAAGGCUGCGGAAGAAAGACGAAUACGUGAGAAGAUUGGAGGCUGUUUUCAUGGCUAUUGAUUGUGGCGGUGAUGGCAUGAUCACAGAGCAGAGGCUGACAGACAUUUUGUCCCACCCGAAAGUGGCGGCGUACUUCCAAACUUUGGAUCUGGAUGUGCAAGAAAGCGCAAACCUUUUCCGCAUCAUAGAUGACGGUGACGGAGAGGUGACCUUGGAGGAAUUUAUAGACGGCAUCAUGAGAUGCAAGGGCCAGGCACUGCCUUACACAGUCGGCCGUGAAUGUUCCCGGCGUCGUUUGCAAAACCGCCUGGCGCCAGCCCUGCUUAUACUAUUACCACCACUACUACUACUACUACCAUUACCACUACUACUACCACUACUACUACUACUACUGCUGCUGCUGCUGCUACUACUACUACUACUACUUCUACUUCUACCACUACCACUACCACUACCACCACCACCACCACGACUACUACUACUCCUCCUACUACUACUACCACUACUACUGCUACUACCAUUACUGCUGCUGCUACUACUACUGCUCCUGCUGCUGCUGCCGCCGCUGCUGCUGCUGCUGCUACUACUACUACUACUGCCACUGCCACUGGCAGUGCUGCUACCACGGGUAUACAGACAGGUUGUUGGGUUGAGGAGCAGCAGCGGCAAAGCUUGCUGCUUUGAAGAACUAGGCCAAGCAAAACAUGGUAGAUGA